AUGGAGUCCGGGCCGGGCGCGGCGCGGGGCAUCCUGGGACUGCCCUCCGCGGGCGCCGGCCCGGUGAUUCUUGCUCCUGCCCCCAGUCGCGUGACGCGCUCUCCAAGCCCCGGACCUCCCAACCCAGAACCACGACCGGAUCAGCCCGGUCAGGCCGACCGUUCCCGCCCAGGCCUCGACGGGCCGGUUCGGAGUGCGCAGCCGCAGCGAGCCCGGUCCCCGAAAGCACUGUCGGGCGGGGCCGAGGUGCGCACGCGCCGUGUGCGGGGCCGCGCGCGGACGCCGCCGGUUGGGCAGCGUGAAGGGAGCUGGCGGUCCCGGGCGUUCCGGCCCCGCGCGCGGCGGGGGCCCCGGAGGGGGCGGCGGGUCCGCCGAUACGGAGGAGGAAGCGCAACCGGGGCUGCGGGGAGCGCGGCCACGGGGGCACCUGAACCCGAGGAGGCGGCAGCUCUGCCAUCUCAGGACUCUGCCCUUCCCCAAGAGAGGAACCUGGAGGAGGACCCAUCAGCCCAUGAAAUUCUAAAAGUCAUGUCCCUUGAGUCAGACGUGUUCACGGAUGUGGCCAUAGUCUUCUCCCAAGAAGAGUGGGAACAGCUUGCACCCGCUCAGAGGGAUUUGUACAGAGACGUGAUGUUGGAGACCUAUAGCAACCUGGUCUCACUGGGUCUUGCCAUCGCCAAACCUGAUGUGAUCUCCUUCCUGGAGGAGGGCAAAGAGCCCUGGGUGAAAACUCAUCGUGGAGAAAAACCCUAUGAAUAUAACGAAUGUAGAAAAGACUUCUGGCAGGAGGACUUCCUUAUUAAUCAUCAAGGAAUUCAUGCUAAUGAGAAACCCUAUAAAUGUAAGGAAUGUGGCAAGGCCUUUAAGUAUGGCUCACGACUAAUUCAACAUGAGAAUAUUCAUUCUGGCAAGAAACCCUAUGAAUGUAACGAAUGUGGAAAGGCCUUCAAUUCUGGUUCAAAUUUCAUACAACAUCAGAGGGUUCAUACUGGUGAGAAACCUUAUGAAUGUAAGGAUUGUGCAAAGGCCUUUAGUCGAAGCUCACAGCUGAUUGAACAUCAACGAAUUCAUACUGGUGAGAAACCCUAUCAAUGUAAGGAAUGUGGCAAGGCCUUCAAUAGGAUCUCACAUCUUAAAGUACAUUAUAGAAUUCAUACUGGUGAAAAACCCUAUGCAUGCAAGGAAUGUGGGAAGACCUUUAGUCAUCGGUCUCAGUUGAUUCAACAUCAGACUAUUCAUACGGGCAAGAAACUCUAUGAAUGUAAGGAAUGUGGGAAGGCCUUUAAUCAAGGCUCAACUCUUAUUAGACAUCAGAGAAUCCAUACUGGUGAGAAACCCUAUGAAUGCAAGGCAUGUGGGAAGGCCUUUAGAGUGAGCUCACAACUUAAGCAACAUCAGAGAAUUCACACUGGAGAGAAACCCUACCAAUGUAGGGAAUGUGGGAAAGCCUUUAGUCAGUGUUCACAACUUAUUCAGCAUCAUUCUUUAUGUAUGUAG